AUGUUGGGACAAAGCAUCUGGAGGUUCACAACCUCUGGGGUCUGUAGGAGCCACUGUGAGGAGGAGGGUCCAGGGAAGAAUUUACCAAUUUCAGUGGAAAACAAGUGGCGGUUACUAGCUAUGAUGACUUUGUACUUAGGGUCUGGAUUUGCUGCACCUUUCUAUAUAGUAAGACACCAACUGCUUAAAAAAUAAUCCU